AUGUCACAAGAUGCAGAUGAUGCCCAGUCCCUGGCUGAAAGCCUCCCCGAUGCUCCCGCAGGUGCCCCUACCAAACAGUCUUACCGGUCUUUUAAAAAGAAGUUUGCGAAGCUUAAAGUAAAAUUUGAGCUUGGAAUGAGAGAGAGCGAAUCGCUUAUCCGAGAGGAGUUGCGCAUCCAGGAUCUCUCAAAGAGAAUACAGGAACAGAAUGACCAGCUACUAGAAACCCUCCUAGAGUUUAACGACAGUCUAUAUAUCUCACCGGACCUACGGUACGAUCUGAGUGCUCCCGGAGAUGAUCUCUUCCCCCCAACUCCUCAAAGAGAGCUAUCGCCCUCACACAAUGAUCCUUCUGCGGCUAGCGCAAUGCUCAGAAAUGCUAGAAUGGAGCUGACACUUGAUGGCAUGACGGUUGAGAAUUACUGUGACUUGGAGAAUUCUGUGAAACGGAGCGAUGCUUUUGCACCACGCAUGCAGUAUACCUCGUUGAUAAGGAUCCCCCAUACGCUUUCUCAACCAGAAGAAAACCAACCCGGAAAUAUUGUUUCUGAACAUAGGCUUGGGUUCUUCACGCCUGAACACGAAAAUGAGUAUUACCUGGCUACCGACGCCAAACUAGGUGAUACAUCAGCACUCGUACAACUGAGUCGCAUCCCUGAGAAACUUUCUUUUGUUGAACGUGAGAGAGAGGCUGCAUUGCGAAAUCCAAUCUCGGUUUACAAUUGGUUGCGAAGGAACCAGCCUCAUAUUUUCUUACAAGACAACGAGAACGCUUCCGAGAAGUCUGCCUCUCGACCAUCGAAUUUGCGCACGUCCAAGAAAGCAGCACCCAACCAGGCGCGGAAAGACGAAGAUCCCCACGAUGACGACAGUGUCUUAAUGGAUACUGGAGGCUCCAAGGGCAAACGCAAGCGCGAAGAAGACGUUGGUUCUAAAUCCAAAGGUGGUAGCAGCAGCCGGUCAAGUCGGAAAAAGAAAGACGAUAGCAGCUCUGGCGUCGUCAAGCGUUCAUCUAAGAGAACAUCGGGGGUAGGUGCCUGA